AUGAUCUCCUGGCGGCGCAGCGCGUCCUGGCUGUCGUCGGCGUCGCGUUCCUCGCUCGGCGCUGCCGUCGGCGGGGAGGCGAAGGUCACGCCGGAGGCGGAUCCGGCGGCCCAGGAGGAGGAGGAGGAGGACGAGGCCGACGAGGAGCGGUGGUCGCGCCUGCUGCCGGAGCUGCUCGUGGAGAUCAUGCGGCGCGUGGACGCCGGCGCCGAGCGCUGGCCGCCGCGUCGGGACGUGGUGGUCUGCGCCUGCGUGUGCCGGCGGUGGCGCGACGCUGCGGUCUCCGUCGUGCGCCCGCCGCUCGAGUGCGGGAGGAUCACCUUCCCGUCCUCGCUCAAGCAGCCAGGACCAAGGGAUGCACCGAUGCACUGUUUUAUCCGGAGGGACAAAAAGAACUCAACCUUUUCUCUCUAUCUCAGCUUAACACAGGCCCUAACGGAUAAAGGGAAGUUUCUUUUGGCUGCUCGAAGGUUCAGACAAGGAGCACAUACAGAAUAUAUCAUCUCUUAUGACUACGAUGAUCUGCACCCAAGAAGCAGUUCAUAUGUUGGAAAGUUGAGAUCUGACUUCUUGGGGACAAAGUUCAUCAUCUAUGAUAGCCAGGCACCAUAUGAUGGUGCUAAACCUUCGAGGAGCCGAUCCACUCGCCGCUUUGCAAGCAAGCAGAUAAGCCCACAGGUUUCAGGUGGCAAUUUCGAAGUUGGGCAAGUGACCUAUAAGUUCAACUUCAUGAAAUCAAGAGGGCCAAGACGAAUGCAGUGCAAUAUCCAGUGCCCUGUAGGUCAGGGCACUUCGUCAGAUCCAUCCAAGGAGAAAACACCCUCUCCGAGUUCCUUAGAUCUAAAGAACAAAGCUCCACGUUGGCACGACCAUCUUCAGUGUUGGUGCUUAAAUUUCCAUGGCCGGGUGACCGUCGCCUCCGUGAAGAACUUCCAGCUUGUUGCCACAGCUGGCUCUGGUGGUCCAUGGGGCGUUGGAGAUGAGGAAACGGUGAUCCUGCAGUUUGGGAAGAUCGAGGACGAUGCGUUUACAAUGGACUACCGGCAGCCUCUGUCUGCUUUCCAGGCGUUCGCCAUCUGCCUCACCAGCUUUGGCACGAAGCUGGCUUGUGAAUAA